UUAUAACUUUGUUUUUCAGGGAACUAAAGCUGAUGCGGCAAAACUCAGCAGUACACUAGCAUUGCUUAGUGUUCAUGAUGCAAGUAAUGAAGAUGAUGAUAACCCGUCUGGUACAGUGACGCCUAAGAUUCCGAUAACAUCAUCGACAUCUUUAAUUUCAUCUCAGAGAAACAAAUUGAGAAAUAAGAGGGAGAAUAAGCCACCCUUAUAUGUCUCUUGGGAACAAUGUUUCAAAAGAAGAAGUGAAUCUGAAGCAGAGAUUUUACUAAAAAGAGAGAUUUUUCCGUCUAAAAGUGAACUAAAGAAGGCGUGCCGUGUAUUUGGAAGAGAUUCAACAAUAUUUUCAAGUAUUUGCUCUAGGAUUAGCCAACAUAUAAGGAAGGGGUCGAAGAAUGUCAUCAACGUAUGGCCGUCGUAUAAAGUGGACUGUGAGUCUGUUAUAUUUGUAGUUAUUUUAAGAAAGAAAUCCUUAUUUUCUGUCUUUAAAGAUUAUGACUACAAUAUUAGAUGUGAAAACGCAUUCAGUACUGAGGGAGACCUUGUUGCUGAAUAUGAGUCAAAACAUGAAGAAAUAAAUCAGUAUGAAAAUGAGAUUUUUGAAAAGCUUCGAAAAUGCAUAAACAAUAAUGCCGACGACCUUCUCAAGAGACAUAGUAAUAUAAAUGUUAUUUUACCAAGCUUGAUUAAGUCUGUUGGAUACAAGACGAACGAACACAAUAUCAAAAUAGAACCUUGUAUAGCUCUUUAUGUGACAGUAAAGGGGUGUAUUCCUCUACAGGAAAAGCCCUUUCAAAAGAAUAUUGAUGGCUUUCGAACAGAUGUUUUGGAGGGUGAAUAUGAACCAUUUAUAAAAGGACCAAAUGAAUAUCAUGAAUAUCUAAGGACUGGUCUGGCAAUACAUGCUAACGUUUUGGACGGAGAUGGUAUUUCAGGGGGUACACUUGGGGGAUUUAUUGACCAUUCAAUUUAUGGACUCUGUGGAUUAACAUGUGCGCACGUUGUAUGUAGUGCUGCGGAGCUGAUGGAAGUUAAAGAAAAUAAACUUAUAAGUUUGAAAAAGAAAGUUUAUCAGCCUAUUGGUAAACGUUCGUCAGCGUUUGGUGAAGUUGUUUUAGCUGUUUACGAUGAAGGAAGUCAUUCUAUAUCUGGAAUGGAAGUGGCUCUCGUAAGCAUAUACAAAAGACAGCCGAAGGAUGGAAGCUUUCCAGAGACAUUGAAGGAUUUUGAAGCAGGUUUUGAUGCAAGUAAUCCAUUAUGUUUCAAUUCUGGUGAAGUUUGUGAAACAAAUGAAAUAAAGCGUAGGACUGAAGUGUACAAGUUUGGAAUGAGUUCCGGGAUUACAAGAGGAAGCUUUGCCUUACAGGGCGCUGUAGUGCGUAAAAGUCAAAUGCAAGGACAUUGUCAUGGCUUUGGUUUUAGACUAAUGAAUCAAAUUGUAGUUCUUAAAAUAGGAGAGAACCCAUUUGCAGAGCCUGGAGAUUCUGGCGCGUUAGUAUUGAUUGAAGGCAGACAGGAUUCAAUAGCAAUUGGUAUUGUUGAAGGAGGAAUGAAUGGUCGCGUGUUUGUCACGCCAAUAUGUGAUAUUUUAAGAGCCGUUGGUUGUACGGAAUUAAAAAUGCACCAAUUUACGCCGAAAUAUACGAAACUUUAUACUGGCUCGGAAGUAGCAAUGGAAGUAUGUUAAACCCUGAUAUUUCAGACUGUUAUUAUAAAACAUUAUCUGAAUGAUCUGAUAUAUUUAUUUGUAAAUGUACGCUAAUUUGAUAAAUUCAUGUUGGUGUUUUUUUAUGCUUCAAGAUAAUCUUCAAAAAUAGAUAAUUGCCUUUAUGUGUAUAAUUAUGUGUGUUUUUUUUACCCAACACAAACAAAAACUGUUACAUCCUUGUAUUGAAUCAUAGUUCUAAAUAUGAUUAUCUUAGAAAAAUUUAUCUUCCUUUUUAGAUUAGAAAAGAUACCGAUCUAUAUUUUCUAGGUAAUCAACUCACUUGUUCUAUUCAAAUACGUUAUUUAUGACACUGAUAUACUCGACUAUGCAUUUAUUUUAUAUGAUAUAUUAUUCAUUUGAAUA